AUGGCGACUUUUGUGUGGACCGCUGUAUACACCUUUUUGUGGGCCGAAAUUGCAGUCUUGUUCCUUCUCUUAGUUCCACUUCCCGCGAUCUUGGCUCGACAAAUCCCCAAAAUACUUCGAAAAGUAUUUUCUAAUCGAACGAUCUUCGGAGUAAUAUUGGUCUUGUUGACUCUCUGCUUUGCAGAGUCUUUACGAUCAUCUUAUAAGUAUUCGACUCAAUUGUCUCAGAUAGAUGCCGACGAUCCUAUUCUGAAUAAAGUCACGAUUUCUUUGAACAAGUUCAGAGCAGAAAGAAACAUCUACCUUUCUGGGUAUACCCUCUUCUUCAUCUUCGUAAUAUGGAGAGUCUGCGUCCUCCAAGAAGAAGUCGAGAACCAAAAGGCAGUGACGAACAAAGUAGCUACUAUGUCCGAGAAAGAAACAGCAGAACAACCGGAGAGUAGUGCUACUACCGUUACUCAAGAACCAACUACAGAUGAUAAAGACCAUCCAAAAUCUGCAUAA